AUGAAAUCGUUUAUAAUAAAUUGUUUACUGUUAAUUGCAGUAUUUAUUUAUCCUAUACAUAGCCAACAAUUUAUUGUUGGUUGUUAUUUUACAAAUUGGUCUCAAUAUCGACCAAGUCAUGGAUAUUUUAUUCCAUCAUAUAUUGAUUCAACACUUUGUACACAUAUUUAUUAUGCAUUUGCAAAUAUUAAUAUAAAAAAUCGAAGUCCAAGUCCAUUUGAAAUAAAUGAUAUACAAUCAAUUAUAAUUAAUAAUUCAAUACAAUAUAUGGGAAUGUAUGAACAAUUUAAUUUAUUAAAAAUUAAAAAUCAACAUAUAAAAACUUUAUUAUCAUUAGGUGGUGCAAGUGUUAAUUCAACAAAAUUUCGUUAUAUUUUUCAAUCAAAUAAAAUACGACAAGAAUUUAUACAAAAUACAAUAAAAUAUUUACGAAAAUAUAAAUUUGAUGGUUUAGAUAUUGAUUGGGAAUAUCCUGAAACAGAAAAAGAUCGUCGAAUAUUUUCUUUACUUAUUCGAGAUUAUCGAUUAGCAUUUCAAAAUGAAUCUUUUUUAACUAAUCGUACACGACUUUUAUUAACAGCAGCUGUUGCUGCAUAUCGACCUAAAAUAGAAGCUAGUUAUAAUAUUAAAGAAAUUACACCAUUCCUAGAUUAUAUUAAUCUAAUGGCUUAUGAUUAUCAUGAUCGACAUUUUUUAGGUAAUUGGAAUACUCAUAUAGGUUUUAAUAGUCCUUUAUAUCCACGUUCAACUGAAAUAGAUAAUCAACGAUUUUUAAAUCAACAAGCAACAGUUAAAACAUGGAUAGAUGGUGGUUGUCCACCAUCAAAACUUGUUCUUGGUCUUGGUAUCUAUGGUCGAACAUUUCAAUUACAACAAAAAAAUAAUCCUAAUAUAAAACCAUAUGCACCAUCAAAAGGUCCUGGUUUACCUGGUAGUUAUACUAAUAGUAGUGGAUUUUUAUCAUAUUAUGAAAUAUGUGAUUUAAUAAAAAAACAUGAAUGGCAUACUGAAUAUGAUAAAGAACAAGAAGUACCAUUUGCGUAUAAAGAUGAUCAAUGGAUUGGUUAUGAUAAUGAAAAAUCUAUAGAAAAAAAAUGUUAUUUUAUUGCUAAACAACGUUUAUCUGGUGCAAUGAUAUGGUCACUUGAUUUAGAUGAUUUUAAUGGUAGUUUUUGUGAACAAGGAAAAUAUCCAUUAUUAACAAAAAUUAAAAAAACACUUGAAAAACUUCAAAAACCUAUAAAAAAUAAUACGAAAAAUUUUAUCAAAUAA